AUGAAGCGUUUCAGGAAGGUUCAGUGCCCUAUUGUUGAGAGGUUGACCAACUCUCUUAUGAUGCACGGACGCAACAAUGGAAAGAAGCUUAUGGCUGUUCGCAUUGUGAAGCAUGUCAUGGAAAUUAUCCACCUUUUGACUGACUUGAACCCCAUCCAAGUUGUUGUUGAUGCCAUCAUCAACAGUGGACCAAAAGAAGAUGCUACCAGAAUUGGUUCUGUUGGUUCUGUGAGGCGUCAAGCUGUUGAUAUCUCACCACUUAGGCGUGUUAAUCAGGCAAUCUAUCUUCUGACAACUGGAGCUCGUGAGAGUGCUUUCAGGAACAUUAAGACCAUUGCCGAGUGCCUAGCUUGCUGA